AUGACAGACGCAACGACAGAGACCGGUGACGAGAAAUCAAAGGAGGUUCAAGAUGUCGAUGACCACCCUCUCGAACCGUCUGAGAGCCGGGCCGAAAGCUAUCCAACUGGGAUCAAACUAGUUUUGAUUCUCCUCAGUAUCUACUUGUCUGUCUUUUUGGUCGCCCUCGAUAGAACUAUCAUCGCGACGGCCCUCCCAAAGAUUACAGAUCAAUUCCAAAGCUUUGGCGACGUGGGCUGGUACAACGCUGGGUUUUUGCUCCCAACCACAGCACUUCAGCUUUUCUUCGGACGUCUGUAUACAUUCUACCCACCCAAAUGGCUCUUCAUCGGUGAGGUUGUUAUUUUCGAACUAGGCUCAGCGAUAUGUGGCGCCGCACCGAACUCAGUCGCGUUCAUCUGGGGGAGAGCAGUGGCAGGUCUUGGGGCAGCUGGCCUGUUCAACGGCGCCUUGAUUAUGUUGAUGUACUGCUCACCUCUAGAAAAGAGACCCUUUUAUAUGGGCCUCAUUGGAGCCAUCUUCGGCGUGGCCUCCGUGGCUGGUCCUCUCGUUGGAGGUGUGUUCACAACCAGGGUCUCUUGGCGGUGGUGUUUUUACAUCAAUCUACCUAUCGGCGCUCUCGUUCUAGCGUUUUUGUUCCGAUUCGUGGAAGAUCUUCCACCCGCGCUCGGCGACCUGCCGUUCAAGGAGAAACUCUCGAGGAUUGACAUUCCCGGUACCCUGGUCUUCAUCCCAUGCAUGGUCUGUCUUCUUCUAGCACUGCAAUGGGGAGGUCAACAAUACGAAUGGUCUGCUGGUCGCAUCAUCGCCCUGCUCGUUUUGUUUGGGGUUCUUUUCAUCACUUUUGUUGUGAUACAAGUCAUCCGGCAAGAAGCGGGCACAGUACCACCUCGGAUUGCGAAACAACGGACUAUUGUCUCCGCCGGAUUCUACGCCUUCUGUCUCGGGUCAUCCUUCUUUAUUAUAGUCUAUUAUCUAUCUAUCUGGUUCCAGGCGGUCAAAGGUGAUUCAGCCAUUAGGUCUGGAUAUUCAACCCUGCCUUUCAUCCUCGCCCUUGUCAUUGCGUCCAUAAUGUCUGGGAUUUUUGUCACCAAGAUCGGAUACUACAAUCCCUCAAUUCUGGCAGGUGGAUUCUUGGCCCCUAUUGGUGCUGGCUUGUUUACACUUCUCAAACCUGACACUGCGCAUCCCUUCUGGAUAGGGGUCCAGGUCCUGUAUGGUUUCGGGACGGGCCUCGGGCUGCAGCAAACCUCUAUUGCUGCGCAGGCUGUCCUGGAUAAGAAAGAUGCGCCGACAGGAGUUUCAUUGGUUUUCUUCUGUCAGGGUAUAGGGGGCACGAUAUCUGUUGCUGUAGCCCAGAACGUUCUCGACAGUAAACUCAUAUCGGGGUUCAAGAGCAUCAGCGAUAUCAGCCCACAUGAUGUGGUCAACACUGGAGCCACGGAACUGAGGCACGUUUUCUCUCCAGAAGCAUUACCGGAGGUUCUGCAGGUGUACAACCAUGCUUUAACGAUUGUUUUCUACAUCGCAGUUGCGUUUUCUUGUGCCGCCGUCUUUGGAGGGCUCGGCAUGGAAUGGAAGAGCUUGAAGAAGGACAAGGCUAAGGCUAAGCAAGUAAAGAAGGCCGACGAAACAACCCCUGCUCAAUCCAACGUCUCGGCUGAGGAGGCUUAG